CAUUAUUACUUUAAUGUAUGUCUGACUCCGAUUUUAACCUUUCAACUCAUCAAAGCCUGGUGUGUGCUGGCUUAUAGUUUCUUUGAAACAAAGGCAGAAAAAUUUCAUCAUAUUGUAGAGGAUCGAUCGUCGAGAGUGUUGUACAUUUGUCAUAAACACUGGUCGAAGCCCUGCGCUUUUGUACUGCCAGUUCGUAGUAAUACGUGUAACUCACGGCUCGGAUAAAACUAUAUAUACCUAUAUAGUUGGUAUUGUGUCUUCAAACAGACAGCUUCAGUUUGAGCGAUGAAUGCAAAGAAAACCAGCGUUCCUGUGACUCAGGUCAAAAGCAAUUUUCUUCCAGUUCCUAGUAUUCAGUUGGUAAUUGUGUGCGUUUCACUUGCUGUUGCUUUAACAAUGUCGGCGUUGAUCAUUUUUGUCGAUGUUGCUUCCCCAUCUCUCGCCGAUAUCUUUUUAUCGCCAAAGUAUUUUCCCCUGGGACAAGGUCUGCAGUUACGUAGCCGUCGUUGGACAAAAUCGAAGUUCGAAUGUGAUAAACAUUGCGCGUUAAACGAUGACAAUUUCCGACGAUUUGGUGGGGUACAAUGUGGACGUGCAGUGUGGCAAAGCACAGCCGAUCAUGGCGAAGGCGAUAGAUAUGUUAGCCGUAUCGAUACCUUAUACAAACUGUUUGAAAAUUCAUCGGCAGCUGUGGGAUAUUUUACAAAUUAUUGGACAGGUAGACUGGACGAUUCUCAAGCACUGCCGUUAGACCAUUACUUUGAUGCAACAAACGUCUCUCCACAAGCAGGAGGGAAUUAUAGAGCUUAUAGAUGGGAUCCUGUUGCAAAGCCUGCAUCUGGAGAAACACAGCAUUCAAGACGACAAGCGAGGCAUAUACAUUAUAUAUUUGUGCAAGGUCGUGUUUUCGCUCGCCUCCUUGUGCAAGGGUUUAACAACAGUCAUGAUCAACGCCUGGCAGUGGAUUUUGCAGGAAGGUUGGCUGGUACUAUGGCUGGACUUAUUGAAAAACAUGAACCAUCAUCAAUUAGGAAGUUUUUGCUGUCUGUUCAACGUGGUAUUCGCUAUGUGAUCAGGUCCACACCAGGAAUUUUUGUGCAAAAGUUGUCAACAGCCCUACACAUAUUGUCGUGUUGUUGCUCGAGUAUCCUCAAUAGUACUUGGUCAUCUUGGCACAGAUGGUUUCUUUCGCAGUUAAAAUAUCUGUGGAGACAUGUAACAGGUUCAUCAAUCCGGGAUCUUCACUUUCUUGGUGUGGCUGUUGCGGUUCUGUUGGUGCAUAAAGUACAACUGUUGUUGUCUCAUUAUGAUGAGAUGAGUUUCAGUCAUAUCAAAUGUCGAAGUAUGGUUACAACUGCCGUUGAGAAUAAUCGACGACAACAGUUGAUUGGCCAGGACUUUGAUUCUGAAUUUUAAAUAUAUUGUUGAGUUGUAGUUGAACGGUUGAAUAACCAAGUCGCUGUUACUAUUUAAUGAUUAAUAAAGAAACGCCUUUGGCUUUAUGAAUAGCCUAAGAAUAUAGG